AUGGAGAUCAUAUACGAUGCUUUCAUGAUCCUUGUUUGGAGGCCAUUUGUCUUGACCAGAAGGUUCAAGAAACAAGGAAUCUUAGGCCCAAAAUACAGAAUCUUGUACGGAAACCUAAGCGAGAUGAACAGGAUGAAGAGAGAAUCUCAGCUUUUGAUUCUUGAUCGAAGCUCCCAUGAUAUUUUUCCUCGCGUUUUUCCUCAUUAUCAUCAGUGGAUGUCUCUAUACGGAGAGACGUUUCUUUACUGGGACGGAACAGAGCCGAUGCUAUGCAUCUCAGAUCCUGAACUUGUCAAACAGAUGUUGUCAAGCAACUCAGAUUUUUUUGUCAGAGCAAAGAUAAGACCCGAGUUCCUCAAAAUUGUCGGCUCUAAAGGACUUACUUUUCUCGAAGGUGUUGAUUGGGCUCGCCACAGAAGAAUCUUGAACCCUGCUUUCUCCAUCGAUAGGCUCAAGGUCAUGACAAAAGUGAUGGUGGAUUGCACAUUGAGGAUGUUAGAUGAAUGGAGCAACCAGAGGAGUGAUGAUAAAACAGAAAAAUUGUUGAUGAAAAAGGAUAUGGACACAGAGUUUCGGAGAUUAACGGCUGAUAUUAUUGCAACCGCUGCGUUUGGAAGCAGUUACGCCCAAGGAAUCGAAGUGUUUAGAACACAACAGGAGCUUGAAAAGUGUUGUGUUCUCUCUCUCGCUAACCUCUUCCUCCCUGGAACCCAGUACCUUCCUACGCCUUUGAAUUUCCGGAUAUGGAAGCUAGAUAGGAAAAUGAAGAACUCAGUCAAGAAAAUUGUAGAUUCGAGACUAGAAUCAGAAACAGAUUACGGAGACGAUCUUCUUGGAAUCAUGUUGAAAUCUUGCGAGUCUGAGAGGAAGGAACGAAAGCUGAGCAUUGAAGAGAUCAUAGAUGAAUGCAAGAACUUCUUCUUCGCAGGAUACGAAAACAAUUCGAAUCUAUUGACAUGGACAACGAUGUUGCUGAGCUUGCAUCAAGAUUGGCAGGAGAAACUCAGAGAAGAGGUUUUCAAAGAGUGCGGUAAAGACGAAACCCCAAAUUCAGACACUCUCUCCAAACUCAAACUGGAACACGUCUAUGCCUUGCAGAUGAACAUGGUGUUCAUGGAGUCGCUUCGCCUGUACGGACCAGUAUCGUUUCUUACCCGAGAAGCAUUGAAAGAUUCGAAGCUAGGACACCUCGAGAUUCCCAAGGGCACAACCAUUAUUUUUCCGCUUCUGAAAAUGCAUAGAGACAAGCUCAUUUGGGGAUCCGACGCCCACAAAUUCAACCCGCUGCGAUUUGAAAACGGCGUUUCUCGAGCCGCAAAUCACCCAAACGCUCUCCUCACGUUUUCAAUUGGGCCAAGAGCUUGCAUUGGCCAAAACUUUGCCAUGAUCGAAGCCAAGACGGUACUCACCAUGCUCCUUCAACGGUUCCGGCUUAACCUCUCCGACGAGUAUAAGCACGCGCCGAUGGAUCAUCUCACUGUAAUGCCUCAGUACGGUGUACCCACACGAGCAGUGUUAUCAACAGAGACCGAAACAAUGAAGUCGGUGUUGCUGGAGACUGAGAUGGCUUGGACCGCAUCUUGGUGGCCAUGGAAGGUAUGGACGCAGUUGCCUAAUAAGCUGUCCCAAACGCUCACUGUACCAUCGGAGCAUCCCGUGGCUAAGUACUUGGAGGUUCCUAUCCAAGUCACACAUGUCACACCUUCCUGUAAUAAAAAUAGCAGAGAAGAAGGAUCCCAGAUGAUAAGCUUCUUGUCCAUUCCACCUGUUGCAGCCAUAGGGAUGGUUGCGGAGCUUGGUGAAAACUUCACACAUUCAACUGAAUCCGUAUGA